AUGCUGCACACGUCAGGAUGUGGACUUGUUUCAAACAAAUUGGCCGCCUGUGUGAACAUAAUUCCCCAAUUGACAUCUGUGUAUGAGUGGGAAGGCAAAAUCCAAGAAGAUUCAGAGCUACUUCUGAUGAUAAAAACAAGGAGUGCCAAAGUUGAACCUCUGACAAAAUAUGUUAAAGAGAAUCAUCCUUAUUCAGUAUGCGAAGUUAUAACUACACCUAUAACUGGUGGAAAUCAAGCGUAUCUUGAUUGGAUAUCAAAAACUGUACCUGAAUAAAAAACCGUACUUUAAAUUCUUAAAAUUGUCGCCCUCUUCCAUCAAUAUUUUAAAAAUGUUGAUUUGUAUUUUAUAGUGAGUAAAUAAACCAAAGCCACGAUAAAUAAAAUUCAAAUCUAGAAAAUAAA